AUGAGCUCCAACGCCAACGCCUUCGACGGCGAUCCCUUCUACUCGUUCCCCUACGAGAUCCGUAAUCAGAUCCUUCGAGGACUCAACCAUCGAGACAAUAUCCUCGCGAUCAGCCAGGCGUCUCCAGCCAUGAACACGAUCAUCCUCACCGACGGAGGCUCGCCUCUGAAGAAGUAUCUCGAGGUUGAGCUCGGCCUGACGCAGCUGUGGGCGCUCACUGACGACGCCCUCGCCGUCGUCAUGUUCCCAAGCACUGCCCACAUUGCCCUCGAAAGCAAGAAGAAGGAGGCCAUCGAGGACCAUAUCAAGAGCUGGAGAUCCCAGGACCUCUACCACUGCGCCAGUGACGCUGAAAAGUUGGCAGCCUACACCUUCGUCGACGAGGUCGCGAUACCCUUCACCGAGGACUUUGCCGCCCUCACGCAGACGAUCGACACGACUAACGGCCAGAUACGCGUGCCUGACUGGGCUCACGAGUCGCGAAAAGUCCGCGCAGACGCCAGCCUGAAGAUGAACAUCUGGGAGUAUGAGCCCGAGGAGCGCGUCCGUCUGAUCAGAGGCUUCUGCCGCUUCGAGAUCCUCAGCAAGGUCAUCCGAGCCCGUCCCGGCCGUCAGCUCUUCAGCUACCCCCAGCAGCGAUUGCUCUUCAACGAAUACUUUGACGCAUGGGAGAUGGAGGAGGUCCUCUGCGUUCAGCAAUACGUCGGAGAGAUGCACACCAUGCUGCUCGAGGCCCAUAUCGACGACAUCAUUUAUACCCUGGCUGACGCCGCCAAACUUUAUCGCAUGUUUCCCCAGUACAUGUGCAAGAGCAUCAUUCGCCUUCGCCGCGGACCAUUCCACGAGAACGGAAACGGGAUCGUAUCGUCUGACGAAACCGAGAACAACUCUGUCGGCGUCGGCUCUUCGUUCAAUGACCUGGAGGACCCGGGAGAAGAUGAAUCCAAUUGGGAUGAAGACUUGUUGAACACGUUCGGAUACCUCGGCUUGAAUUCCGACGAUGACUAUGACGACGAGUCCCAAUUCUCCGACUCUUCAGACGAGGAUUCAGACGAGGGUGAGGUCGACUAUUACACCAAGACGGACGACGAAGCCGACCCCGGAACACUCUGCACCAAGUUCGAGCUCGCCGACUACCAGAAGCAGACCAUCUUCCUCAAGCAGGUGGCCACCUUCGGCCUCGACUUCCUCCAGCACUUCCUCAAGUCGCCCAAGCAGGCCUACACCCGCUGGAUCCACGCCAACGGCCACAUCAUGCUCCAUGGCCUGGCAAACCCCAACGAGGCGAAGUACUUCGGCCCCCUCGGCAACCCGCGCAGCCGCUGGAUCCAACGCGGCGACUUCGACCCCGUCGAGAUGGACGGCGCCACCGUCGUUGCCGUCGGCCCCUCGCAACAAGGCCCGAACCCGACCAACGCGACCCUCAGCUACGGCCGCUUCCCCGGCGCCCUCGAGCAGGCGUCCAACACGGCCUGGAAGCACCUCGACGGCACGAACCCGCAGCUGCGCGAGGCCUUCCGCCGCUGCGGCUGGGUCUUCUGGUCCGACGAGCGCCUGCGCGCCAACGUCUUCUGGAACCGGCGCCGGGACGUCUUCCUGCCCGAGGCGGCGCCGGCGUGGCUCUACCGCCAUCCUGGCGCGUCGUCCCUGCCCUCGCAGAUGACGACGACGACGACGGCGGCGACGGCGGCGGAGCCUGCCGACUACUUCCUGCCGCUGAGCCGGAUCGACCUCGGCAUGCGCAUGGCAAUCCGCGAGGCCGGGGUUGCCCUGCCGGCCGGCUUCCGCAGCGCCGCCGAGGUGAAGUUGCUGUCGUUCCUGGCGGAGAACCAGGGCCGCUCGGGCAAGAUCUUGUUCGCCGAGCACCCGUUCGACGUCCUCAGGGGCGACAAGAUCCCCCUGGACUUCUGGCAGGAGUGUUUGGGCGGCCAGGUUCCCGCGGCGGCCCCUGGCGGAGCCGUCCAGUUGUUCCGCGAUAUCGUCUGGGGCUAG